CAGUAUGUGACAUCCCCUCUUUCUACCCAUGACAUUCCGGGCUCUCCCCAUUCGGUCCAUAUCCUACUGGAAGGGUACUGCAGAGAUGUUGGGUCCGAUCGUUUCGAGGCUGAUGGCUCGGUCACCCUUGUCAAAGGCCCACUGACUGUCCUGGUGGAUACUGGUGGCCCGUGGUCCCGUGAUAUAAUCCUAGAGGCUCUUCAGGGUCGCGGUGUGACUCCUUGUGAUGUCACCCACGUGAUCUGCACCCAUGGACACUCCGAUCACGUCGGCAACCUCAACCUCUUCCCGAAGGCUGAGAUUCUAGUGUCCUACGACCUUUGGCGGGAUGGCUCCUACGUCUAUCACAACUUCCGAGGAGGAGAACCCUACUUGCUGCCUGGCGGGGAAGGGCUGAAGGUGGUGGCAACGCCAGGUCAUACAGGCAGCGAUAUAACCCUCCUUGUUCCUGGCACCAGUCUCGGCAUGGUGGCUGUGGCUGGAGAUGUCUUUGAGCGGGAGGGAGAUGAGGACUCUUGGAGAGAACUUAGCGAAAACACAGAGGUUCAAGAGAAGAGCAGGAGAACUUUGUUGGGUUUGGCAGAUGUGAUUGUUCCUGGACAUGGACCUCCAUUCAGGGUCAUUCGGGCUGGACAAGACCCGGACCCCCAAUAA